AUGACCGAAGCUCGUGGAGGUUUUAUACCAAACGUCCUACCUCCCCCUUACUUUACUGAGGAAUCCUUCGCUCGUUACAUUUGUGACUUCAACACAGAAGUUCUCACAACUGAAUAUGAGGGGGUGUGGCGUGCUAUGGAGAGGCCUGCAUUGGAGAGGAGUGAGGUCCAGCAAGAGAAAGAAGAGAAGGAAGAAGAGGAGAAGAAGGAUGCCACCGUCUAA